UCCGGUUCCGGUUUACAGUCAAUACCGACUCCAUGUGGUAGCGACCUUGGAGAAAUAUUAUUGCGUUAUCAUUUAUUAGGUAUCUAACAGAGCUGGCACAAAAUGUCUAGCUUUUUCACCAAAUUAGGAACACUUGGUGUUGCUGUCGCAGGCCUUGGCAGCGUUGUAAACCUCGCACUUUAUAAUGUUGAGGGAGGGCAUAGAGCUGUGCUUUUUGACAGAUUUAGAGGAGUUCAAGAGAAAGUUUCGGGAGAGGGAACUCAUUUUCUUGUCCCCUGGGUACAGAGACCAAUCAUAUUUGACUGCAGGUCUCGGCCAAGAAAUGUCUCCGUAAUCACUGGAAGUAAAGAUUUACAGAAUGUCAACAUCACAUUACGUAUUCUGUUCCGACCUGUUGUGAAUGAGCUACCCAAAAUUUACACAAACCUUGGUUUAGAUUAUGAUGACAGAGUUCUACCCUCUAUCACAAAUGAAGUCCUUAAAGCAGUUGUGGCACAGUUUGAUGCCAGUGAAAUGAUCACACAGAGAGAAAUUGUGUCCCAAAAAGUCAGUGAAGAACUCAUCACUAGAGCCUCACAGUUUGGAAUAAUCUUAGAUGAUAUUUCUUUGACACAUUUAACAUUUGGAAGAGAAUUCACACUAGCUGUUGAGAUGAAACAAGUAUCACAGCAAGAUGCAGAGCGGGCCAGAUAUAAUGUAGAAAAGGCCGAGAUGGUAAAGAGAGCAGCUGUCAUUUCAGCAGAAGGUGAUGCGGAGGGUGCCAGACUUAUAGCCGAGGCCUUCAAGAACUAUGGUGACGGUAUCGUAGAACUUAGAAAGAUGGAGGCCGCGGAAGAAAUCGCCACAGAUCUAGCUAAAGCACGAAAUGUGACAUAUUUACCAUCAAAGCAACAGACUCUACUGGCUCUACCGCAGUAGAGAGAGAUUAAUUGAAAGGAGGGGGAGGGGUGGACACUAGCAUCAGUUGUUUGAUUGUGAUCAAUUAACCAUUAACGUGUACAAGUGUAUAUUACACAUGGUGUAAAAAGACAUGUAGUGAUGGAUAUUGAUGCCUGAUGAAUAUGGGUGUCUUUCAUACAUAGACAUACACAAUCCUUAUUGGCUUAAUCAAGAAUAAGGUGAAAUGGCAGGUGUUUUGAUUGUGUUUCAUCGUAUGUUAUGUUCUGUGACUUGUAUGACAUGAACAAGAUUUUACAAUAAAUUACGAUAAGUGUUAUUAGAAA